AUGCGUGCAAAUACGGGUAAAGCCAGUGAGGCUGAACUCUGUACACCCUUAACUUCUGUAGAAGAAAGAGAAGCUUAUUACCGCCAUAAGUUUCUGGCUGACGCCGAGAAGGCUUUGCGUCCUACCAACCCCGAUAUUCCGGAGGACACAGAGAUUGCCGAUGUUGAGCCUAUUAGCGUUCAUUAUCAUUUGAGGUCAAAUUUAGAUUUAUUUAAUCAAUACGACACUAAUAUUGACAGGAUGCCGAGAACAAAACACACCAAUUACCAACCUGAGGUUGGUGAGAGCAGUAGACGCUCUAGUGGGGGAGAAGAUGAUGAUCCUGGGCAUGAAGCUUCGGAUAUUAGAGAAGAAGAUAUCCUGUCAGUAGAGGAAAGUCUGGAACGACAAGGAAGUAGGGGUGAAAACAUUGGUGAUGAGGAAGAUGAAGAGCAAUCAGAAAGGCUUGGGGAGGGAGAAGAUGAUGACGAAGAAGACGAGACCGACGAGGAUGUUCAGGCCGACUUCAAUCUUGCUGCUCAGAUUGCAGAAGAGGAGCGACUCGACGAGGAAUACGACUCAUAUCAAGAUGAUCCGAAGUAUCUAGAACCCUAA